UUGGUUUGGUUCCGCCUCGACACCCUAGCAUUAAUCAAAUUGCGAAAACACUUAGUUAUUAUUAGCGACAAUAGUGAAUAAGUCAUAGAAAUGAUUCAACAAUCGAGUUAGAGUUAUUAUUAGCAAUUACUGGUAUUAUUAUAAGCAGCAAAAAUGACCCAAGAACCAAGUGAAAUCGAUAAACUGUAUUAUCCUCAUUGGUGGCAGAAAAGAUAUGCACCUGAAGAAGCGUUAGAAAAGUUUAUUAAUUAUUUAAAUACAGCAACAAGAACACUAAGAAACCAAGUAAGAACUGAAUUCAAUAUUCCGUAUGGGUUCCGAAAUCGAGAAAAAUACAAUAUUCUUGGAAUCGAUCUACCUGAUGAUUCCCCUAUCAUAAUUUACGUUCAUGGAGGGUACUGGCAAGCUAAAGAAAUCACACACACCAAUCAAGGUUUUAUAUCGAAAAUUUUUCACAAGCAUGGUAUUAAAGUAAUUACACUCGGGUACGAACUGUGUCCAGAUGUCGAAAUUAAAGAUAUUAUAAUUGAAAUUGAAACGGCUUUGAGAAGAUGCCUGGAUUAUGCCAAACUCAAUAUGUCGAAGGGAGUACAUCUGGUGGGUCAUUCAGUCGGAGCACACUUAGUAGCAUGUAUGUUCAACAACUUUAUCCCUAACUUAUCCUACGAUGACCAAUCGCUGAUUAAAUCAGUUUUCUUGUUAUGUGGAAUAUACGACUUAUCCCCUCUACCCCAAACAGAAAUCAACAAACCGCUAAAUCUGACUGAUAAAGAAUCAAAGGCAGUUAGUCCCCAAUUUAUGACACUAUCUAGUCCAGAACAUAUGAAGUUCUACGUCAUUGUGGCUGAGUAUGACGCACCACCGUUCAGGGAACAGACAGAAAAGUUUCAUAAGAAAUUAAAGGAAUCUGGUUUUCAAUCGACCUAUCGACUACUGAAAGGAGAUGACCAUUUUACUGUUAUUGAAAGACUGGUAGAUGAAGAAUAUGAUCUGACGCAACUUAUUUUAAGCGCAAUUGAAUAACUAUGUAUUAAUAACGAUAAAUUAUAUUAGCGUUAAUUGAAAAAAUUGGGAAGAUACACAACCUAAUGGGCGAAUUCGUGACAAGGCUGAUUUGAUUUUCCCUCCUACGUCUCAGGCGCUGUACGGUGGAGCCGCCACUCGUUCUGCGGCCAACGCAUAUAACACUUAUUUUCUCUAAUUAGACAAACAAAGGCAUAUCAAAGACGGUGUGGAACUGAAAGCAACAGUUUUUCCAUAUUAAAAUAUGUAAUAUCUCUAAUAUGUUUGACGAAAAUAUCUUUAGAUAAAAA